GUAGUUUCAUAUCAGGAUUUGUUGGCUAAAACCACCAUCUCCACCUGUCCUGAAACCUCCACAUCUUCUUCAACAAAUCUUUCACAUUUUCAUGAUCCACCAUAUUUCAAAGCUCAUGUGUCUAUCCUCACUACAAAUCAGUCACUAGCAGCAGUUUUUAUUAUUAUUUUGAGUAUUUUCAUUUCAUCUACAAUUACAGGAUAGAUCCGGUUUUUUACUCCGAUCACCGUCACCACCAUCGCCACCGGAGCAUCGCCGGAACGUUGUACCACCACUGAUCAUCCUCACAAUGGAGCCGAAACUCGAACCGCUCGAACCGCUUGAAUCAGGUUUUUCGCUAAACCCUAACCCUAGUUAUAGGCCUAGUGUGCCAGUAGCUCAAUCGAACAGUGUAAAUGCAGUACACCGGUUAGAUGAUGAUAAAUUGGAUGGAUCUGAAAUGAAUUUGAAUGCUAAUAAUGCGAAUAACUUUGAGGAAGAUGAACAUGUUAAUGUGGAUCUGGAUUUCGAUGAGGAUGUUAUGGAUCCUUAUGCGCUGGCGAUCGUGCCGGUUGCGGAAGAUAACCAGCUGGCACAUGUAGAAAGCGCGUAUAGGCGAAAGCCUCCGCCGCGGUCUGCUGAGUUAGUUAGGGUUACAAAUCUCGAGAUAGAGGACGAGAGAUAUUUUCGAGAACUGGUUAGGAGGACAAGGAUAUUGUAUGAUUCGCUAUGGAUACAUUGUAUGUUGGAGGACGAUAUUCGUCGUAGGAAUGUUAUGAAUGUGAUGAGUGGGAGAGUACCACGAGCUCGGGGUGAUAUGAAGGUUGCUGCUUUGAUGAGGGAUAGAGGUCUUUGGUUAAAUCAAGAUAAACGGUUUGUCGGUCCGAUACCUGGUAUACAUGUUGGGGAUGUGUUUUGUUUUAGGAUGGAGUUAUGCGUGUUGGGAAUUCACGGUCAGAUUCAGGCGGGGAUUGAUUAUUUAAGCUCGAAGCAGAGCUCCAACGGGGAGCCGAUUGCUACUAGUGUGAUUGUUUCGGGUGGGUAUGAAGAUGACGAAGAUAGUGGCGAUGUUAUCGUGUAUACGGGUCAUGGUGGGCAAGAUAAGAAUUCGAGACAAGUGGUUCAUCAGAAGUUGGAAGGCGGGAAUCUUGGGAUGGAAAGGAGUAUGCAUCACGGGGUUGAAGUGCGUGUCGUUCGUGGGUUCAAGUAUAAAGGUGGUAUUGGCGAGAAGGUUUAUGUUUACGAUGGGAUAUAUAAGAUUGAGGAGUAUUGGUUUGAUGUAGGGAAGUCGGGUUUCGGUGUGUAUAAGUUUAAACUCGUUAGAAUGGAAGGUCAACCCGAAAUGGGCAGUUCGAUUCUUAAGUUCGCCGAGAGUAUUCGGGCUAACCCGUUGGCGGCUCGGCCUGUGGGAUAUGUUAGUUUAGAUAUGUCAAGAAACAAGGAACAGGUGCCAGUGUUUUUAUUUAACGACAUUGAUGAUAAUCACGAGCCGUUGAAUUUUGACUAUCAGGUAACAACUAUUUUCCCGCCUUUCGUGUAUCACAACGUGCGGAGUACUGGUGGGUGUAAUUGUGUAGACGGGUGUACGCUUGAUUGUGUCUGUGUUAAAAAGAACGGCGGUGAAUGUGCUUACGAUCUAAACGGGCGUAUUCUUAGAGGAAAACCGAUAAUCUUCGAAUGUGGGCCGUUUUGUUCUUGCCCCUCGAACUGUUUGAAUCGGGUCAGCCAAAAGGGUGUGAAGAACAGAUUCGAAGUGUUCAGGUCGAUGGAAACGGGUUGGGGCGUUAGAUCACUAGACUUGAUACAAGCGGGUUCGUUUAUUUGUGAAUAUACCGGCGUUGUUCUUACAAGAGAUCAAGCGCAAGUGUUCACCAUGAACGGGGAGGAUAGUUUAGUGUACCCAAAUCGGUUCGGUGAACGAUGGGCAGAAUGGGGGGAUUUCUCUCAAGUUUAUUCAGACUACGUACGCCCGUCGUAUCCAUCCAUACCGCCGUUGGAAUUUGCUAUUGAUGUUUCAAAAAUGAGAAACGUUGCUUGUUACAUGAGCCAUAGUCCAUGCCCGAAUGUUUUUGUGCAGUUAGUUAUGUAUGAUCACGCACAUACCGCAUAUCCGCACCUUAUGCUGUUUGCUAUGGAAAAUAUUCCGCCAAUGAGGGAGCUUAGUCUUGAUUAUGGGGCAGCUGAUGAAUGGACUGAAAAACUCGCUAUUUGUAACUGAUUGAUUUCAAGUUGUUUAUUUGCUUUUGUGUAUAUCUCGAUGCAGACUUUUUGAUUCACAACAUACUAAGAUAUGUUGGCAACCAUUUUGCAGUUUCUUCCACUAAAUGAAGGUUUUUGAAGUAAACUAGCUUCUGCGUAGUCGCUUCUUGAAAUGCAUAAUGCACAGGGAUGGGGAAUGAUACAUAGUUAAGGUUCCAAUUCAAGAAGCAAGUUUUGUCGGCGCCAAUAGAAUGUUAAAUCUUGUAUGAACUAUUUACAAACUAUAUAAAUAUAAUAUAAGGGUUUUUAAAAUGGCAAUUUACUCAUAAUAUUAUGUGAAAUUCUAUACAGAGAUGUAAAAGCUGCUUUUUCAAAUAGUUGGCUUGCA